UGAAGCCACGCCCCUCUACACAAUACUCAGCAGCAGCGAUGGCGGAGGUGGACUUCGGCGACAGUGAGCUCUUCGACCAACUCGGCGACAACCCGCCGGUCUCGACGCAUAUUCGCUUCACGGAAGAUGAAGGAGACGCCGAGGAGACGUCCGACCACAGGGAUAAGUUUGAGGACUUUGAGGAAAAGAUCCAGACCCUAACCGAUGAGAAUCGAGUAUUAAAAAGGCAACUUAACAUCCUAACGAGACCCAGUUCCAUCAAGCUUGAAGAUGAGAACACAGAUGGGCCACUUCUUCAAAUAUUAUAUGCAAACAACAACAUAUCAAAGGUUUGUCGUCAAGAAAUUGAGGACAGCAUCUGCAAUCUUAUUCAUAAGCAUCAUUCCCAGGACAAGCACACCUCUGCCAGCCAAAUCAAGCCACAGAAUUCAGCUUUAUUUUUGGAUCAAGAUCAGCAGGUUAAGUCUUCCAGUGCUAUUAAGACAGUCACAGAGGCAUUUAAGGUUAUUGGAAGUGUUACGUAUUUCACCACAUUCUCAGUUGAUAAACUUGGACAACCUUUGUUGGAUGAAAACCCACAACUGACAGAUGGAUGGGAAGUUCCAACCUACAUGCAGGUCUUCAACCAGGUCAUUGGGACAGAUGGACAAGAGGUUGAGAUGAAAGAUAGAAGACCGAAGUCAAUGUGCUUCAACUGUGGAUCACCUGCCCACCAGAUCAGAGACUGUCCCAAGCCCAAAGAUCAGGCCGCAGUCAAUGAGCGCCGAAAGGAGUUCAGUCAGAACCAAAGCCCGUCCGUUAGCAACCAGCGGUACCAUGCAGAGGUGGAGGAGCGCUUUAGUAAAUACAAAGCUGGGUUCAUGAGUGAAGAGCUGCUGUCGGCGCUGGGAGUGGGGGCCAACACCCUACCUCCUCUGAUUUACCGGAUGAGACAGCUGGGAUACCCCCCUGGAUGGCUCAAAGAGGCAGAGGUGGAGAAGUCUGGCCUGGCACUGUAUGACGGCAAAGAUGGAGCAACACCAGAAGAAGCCAAUGGUCAAAAAAUCUCCUACGAUGUUUCCAAGCUUGUCGACUUCCCAGGAUUCAAUGUAGCUGCAUCAUCUAAUAUGAAGGAUGAAUACAUGCUGUAUGGCUCCGUUCCAAUGCAGGGCAACCACAUGAAGCCCAACUUUGCUGCCUAUCUGUCCAACAGUUUCCCUGCGGCUGAUGCCACGUGCAACAAAAGAAGACAUGAACCUGAGCCGGCUCCACUUCAGACUAAGAAACGAAGGUCCAGCCCUUCCAGGAGCUCUGAUAUGGAACUUGAGUCAGAACCAGGAACUCCCCAUCGCUCUCAGGGUCCAGGUGGCUUCCAGUUCCAGUCUCCGCUGCCCCCCGGCUCGCCCUCCUUCGGCUCACCUCCCCCCUUACCUCAUGGCACCCCACCCGCCACACCCACUCCCCCACCUCUGCCCAAAGGCACACCUCCGCCGACCCCUACCAACGGCUCCCCCGCCUUGCCGGGGCGUGCCUGGGUGGUGGUGGACGAGGCCGGGGAGGGGGCCGAGGACGGACUCACCCUGGAGGAGCUGGAGGAGCAGCAGAGACUGAUCUGGGCGGCGUUGGAAAAUGCCGACACCGCCACCAACAGUGACUGCGACACGCAGCUCACGGGCCCGUCGGUGCCCAGCUCCCCGAGCGUGUCGACCCCCGCCCGCGUUGACACGGAGACGGAGAUGGACACGGAUGAAUUGGUGAACCUGAAGGGUUCCACGGACGACGAUAAGGCAGGUUCGGAAAUCCCUGGGCCAAUUAAAUCUGAAAGGGGAACCCCUCUCAGCCCUGGUCCAAUCAGGGCCAAGGAUGAGAGCCCUCUCAGCCCUGGUCCAAUCAGGGCCAAGGAGGAGAGCCCUCUCAGCCCUGGUCCAAUCAGGGCCAAGGAGGAGAGCCCUCUCAGCCCUGGUCCAAUCAGGGCCAAGGAGGAGAGCCCUCUCAGCCCUGGUCCAAUCAGGGCCCAGGAGGAGAGCCCUCUCAGCCCUGGUCCAAUCAGGGCCCAGGAGGAGAGCCCUCUCAGCCCUGGUCCAAUCAGGGCCCAGGAGGAGAGCCCUCUCAGCCCUGGUCCAAUCAGGGCCCAGGAGGAGAGCCCUCUCAGCCCUGGUCCAAUCAGGGCCCAGGAGGAGAGCCCUCUCAGCCCUGGUCCAAUCAGGGCCCAGGAGCAGGGCCCUAUGAGUGCCACUUCAGUGGGAGCGUUGGGAGCCAGCCAUCCAAUCGCUAGGUCAGUCAGAGCACCGGUGGAUGGUCCGCUCAGUCUUGGACCAAUCGGGGGCCAGACUGACGCGCCUCUCAGUCCCAAACCAGAUAACAAUCUCAGCCCUGACAGAGUGCAGGGGGUCGACCAGAAUCCAUCACUCGACGCCUCUUCUGUGGAGAAGGUUCCCCAUCGGAGCAGGUUCGCAGCUGGCAUUGUUCCGUUUGAAGAUACGCCCGAGUAUACUGAGGUAGCCACUGCCACGGGGACUUAUCUGCGUAUUCGAGACGUGCUUAAAUGUUCACCAAGAAAUGUGUCCCGAAGAAGCAAAUGAAUGGCUGCGGUCAUGAGAUGCACACAAGACUUUGUCUUAAAUGUUUUUAAAGACUUGGAAGUGGUGACUCCAAUUCAAAGUCAGUUGUUGACAUCAUUUGUGUAAUUUUUUUCUACCAAAAGGAAUGUCCAUUGUGGAUAACUGUAAUCUGUGUUAGAGUCUCAUUAAUAUUGAUAUUUCAUUAGCCAAGGUUUUUAAAUGUAGCUGGUCUCUCAGGUAAGGCCGGUACAUAUUGCUUUUGCAGUUUCCUGUCAACGGACAAGGUUUAUUGCUACUGCCUUUGUUUUGUCUGAUUUGUAAAAUCUAAAAUGCUCUAGCAUUACAAAUUAUGGAAUAUAUUCUCCAUGGAAUCGUGCAGGUCAGACGUAACAUUUUUCACAAUGAUAUUUUUUUAAUGUAACGGUCAAUUGUACAAGGCGGAGAAAUGAAGAUACAAUUGGUUUUUAAAGUCUAUUUUUUCGCUCUGUGUGGUAGCCCACUGGUAUGGUGUUUCCACUGGUUACAUCCCUCUAUUAAAUAUGUUUGGGCUGCGUAUUGUGUACAUUCUCAUAAAAGCAUUCUGAAAGUAAGAA